AUGAAUCAACCAGGAAGACAUGGUGGUGCACGUCUGCCAGCCGGAUCGUCUACUAUAACUGCCGACCAGAGAAUGCGACCUCAGCCUCAAUGCCAGACCAACAAUAUCACUGUGCAGUCCGCACCUGCCUCAAUGAACCAGCGACAUGGUGGGAACAGACUGCCAGUCGGGUCCAUCACGUCUACUGGAUCAAGUUUGAAUGACCAAACGAUGGGCGGCAGGGUGAUUCCGACCCGAGACACCCCCUUUACCCAUAUUCCACCUUCUGCGGCCUAUCAACCCGGUCGAGUGCAUGAGAAGUCAACCUGGCAAGGCUAUGAUGAUUCCAUUCUGCCAGCACCAGGGUACCAGCUUCCAGCUGGAGCAGGGGAACCUCAUCACGGUGCUGUUACGCUGCCUCCGCCUGUUCCUGGGUCGGACGGAAAAGAGAUUGGACACGAGAACGCCAACAAGAAACCAAUGAGCGCGAUUUCCAUCACGGAAAUCAAUCGUGAUGAGGGCCCUACAGCCUCCUCACAGCCCCAAGGCCGCCUGAAGGAAUUGUACAGUUCCAGCUAUCAUGCUCCCGUCCCAGCACGUCGCCGUAUGCAUCAAAAAGGCUACCGCAACCUGUUCUCACAGCGAACCACCUUCCGAUGGAAGACCUUCCACAGCCAUCAAAAGCCGGGCUUGACCAAAGGCUCUGGCCGAGAACAUCGUCAUCGAGAUGCAGUCAGUCGAAUUCACGCGGGCCAAGAAGAUGACAGGUUCCUUGCUCUUGACUCUCAUCUUGAAAGAAUGAUGGUUCAGUGCACAGAUGAGAUCUAUGAAGGUCCGCGAAAUUCGACUUGGAGAAGGACAUUUGUGCGAAACAUGGCUCCUUGGACUAUUCGUAUCGCCAACUGGCCUAUGAAUACCGCCCCUCUCGAGUCCAAGCACUGGACGCAGAGCGAUUGGUUGCUGAUUGUGGCAAAGUGGCCGAUCUCAUGCAUCUGCCUUUCAUUUACACUGUUGAGCAUCGGCAAGCUCUACAACGGAAAAUCUCGACUUGCACAUUAUGCCCCGUUUCCCUACAGAUUCUGGGGCUAUCCAAAGGUGGCGCGAAACAUGCUCGAAAAUGUUCCUGGCAAGAUUGAGGCAAAUGAAGAUGUGGAUGGGGCGCACCCAGUAUCUGAGCGUCCUCUCUAUCCAAGUCGCCUGUGCUUCGUGGAUGGUGGAAAGGACAAGAACGGUCGUACUCACUUGUACGAUGUCCAAGUCUGGCUGAAUCAACAUAACAUGGUCGACCAUGACAUGAAGUAUAUCUUCGUUGCUUACACUUCGACACAGUUUACCGAUAGUGACGAAGAUGUCGAGGCCCUCCACGCCAUUGCGCGAGAGGCAGCCACCAACCUCAAGUGUCCCGCUUAUUGGGUUGGAUCAGCUUGCAUGUCAGAAGACGGCCGAGAACUCGAAAACGACGUGUACCGUAUUAGCGAUGUCAUCCGAGCUGCUCACUCAGUGGUCGUCGCCGUCAAGCCACCUUCCGGCAGAAAGGCCUAUUCUCCAACCGAAGAGUUGCUCAAGGACUGGGGGACUCGAAUGUGGACGUUGCCAGAGGCUCUUCUUGCUCCCAAAGACAAUCCAAUACGCAUUUACAAUAUUUCUACCGGUGUGGUAAAGCUCGUCAAAGAACUUCCAAAGAAGGAUCUUGCUGCACUGGUAUGGGAGGACACCAGCUUGACUCGACAAUUGGUCGACCAUUACGAAGGAAAUCUGACUCUCAGUCGCCUCGAGCUCGUUAUCUUGGCCUUGAAGUGCCUCAGUCAACGUCGAACCUCCAAGUAUCUGGAUGGCGACCUCGCAUAUGUGCUCAUGGGUCUUUUGCGCCGCAGACCAGUCGUGGAUCACACAGACUCCGAAUUCCAAGCUUUUGCUCGACUUUCUCUGGCCAAUGAUAGCGACAGCCUACUGGAGCGCUUAUUGUGCGUGCUGCCCAGGUCGCAGAAUCAGCCAUGGUAUCAUACUGCAGAUAUGUUCGGCGUCAAUCUGUGGGAUAUUCAGCCUACGUGUCAAGUCGCUGGCGUUUGUGAAGACGACACCGUCGUUGUUGAUGGUUGCUUGGCAGCCUCGAUUCGAUGGGAAUCGUUCGUCGCCGUGGCCCAUGACACAAGCGUCUCGUGGAAACGCCUGAUUGUCAAAGUCUGGCUGCGUGUCGCGCCGAUCCUCUUGAUUCUUGGACUCGCGCCUCUCUUCGACAACGGAAGAAGGGCUGUUCUUCUGCUCUUGAGCCUUCCCAUCUUCCUCAUGUCCCCGUGGCUAGUCCGUGUCUUAUACGGGGGCAAGCCCUGGAACAUUGCGCCUCACCUUCUCGGAUUCGAGGGUUACUUGGACAUUGUCACCAUCGAGACCAACAUCUAUGGCCAUUACACCGGUCGUCUGACCUGGAGUCCGGCCGGUAGCAGCCUGAGCCGACAUCGCAAGAACGAAUUCGGAGAGUGCAUAGGCGAGGACCCAACGAGUGACGGCCUCGUCGCAGACAUGGUCAAGCAGGCAAAGUACAGCAAUUAUGGAGAGUUCAAAGUGUUUACCCUGGUCGAUACGCUCAACGGCUCUGUCACCCUCUUCACAGCCACUCGACCUCCGGUGGCUGCUUUGCUUUGUGGCCAAGAAGGAGGCAUGCAACGAGCCGUAAUGGUGUCGCUAGAUUGGAAGACGUCCACUCUGUAUCGCGAAACCGUUCUACGGAUGCCGACCACGGUUUUGGAGAGAACUUGGCGUAUGGACAGGGCGAGAGUGGGACUGAAGAGGCCUUUGGAACGAACGAGUGUCACUUACAGUGCAUGA